CUGAGCCAGAAUAAUUUCUACAGACAUGACAGACUUCGUACGCCGCCUCGUCUCUGGAAACAAAGCACGGUUCAAGGAUGACGACCUCAAACUGGAACUUGACUUGGUUUACAUCACUGACCAGGUGAUUGUUAUGGGCUACCCUGCGGUUGGGCUGGAGGGCCUGUAUCGCAAUCGCCGAGAAGACGCGAAGAAAUUCCUCGAACAUCGACACGGGAAGAACUUUUGGGUCUUCAACUUCUGCCCUGCUCGCGAGAACUCAUACGAUGCGGACGUCUUCGAUGGGCGAGUGAGCAGGUAUCCAUUCCCAGAUCAUCAUGCACCACCAUUGGCAAUCCUCGCUCUCGCCGCACGAGAGAUGCGUGUCUGGCUCGAAGGCUCGCCGGAAAGAGUGGCUGUGCUACAUUGCAAAGCCGGGAAAGGACGCUCUGGUACCCUUGCUUGCUCCUACCUUCUGACACUCGACGCCGAGCCAAGCGCACCCAGUCUUCCACGCAGCUACAACAAAAAACAAUGGAAGAAAAUGUCUAGAACUCUUUCGCCAGCCCAAACCUCCGGUACGGCAGCAUCAGAGACCUCGGCUCCUCCUGUAGACGAGAACACCACGCCGACGACGUCGGCCAGUAACGAAGAGAGUCUUGGCGACGUAGAGAAGAAGGAGAAUGCUUUGGCAAGAGCAGAGACACUCAUGGACGAGAUGCCCUCUGACGAUGGGAUGGACGAACCAGAAACUGCCCCAGAUACGGACGGCGAGGAUGGCGAAUCAACUAUGGAGUCGACAAGUGGUAUACAUGGACCGACUGGUUUGGCGGAAGUUGAUAAGAAGUUGACGAAAUCGGAGCAGACGGUCCAGAAGGAGUCAUUGGAUACGGUCAAGAAUGAAGGGAUCAAGGUCGAGGAUCAUGCACAAGACGAUUACCCGGCACAGGAAAAGGCUGUCAGGGUCGUCGAGUCUCCUGAGACCACCGGCAAUAACUCCCCCACGCUUGUUUCCAAGUCGAAGGCGGCCUCAAAACAGUCGACUCUGUCAUCCGUACUCAAUCUUCAUACCUCAAGGCGCAUGCGGAGAGAAUCUGAAUCGUCUUCCUCCUCGUCUUCAUCAUCCUCAUCAUCCUCAUCCUCUUCUGACGACGAGAAGAAGAAGGCGCCGAAAAAGCCAAAACAGGGAGUGUCUAUCCCUUCUCAGCGAAGGUGGCUUCUAUUCUGGUCCAUGCUUCUCGCAGAUGAAGGACCUCAAUACUUCUGGCCACCUCUACCCCACCCUCCGACAUCUCCCUAUCACGACCAAGAGCCCAUACGUCCGCGAGUACGUCUCCUCGAAAUGAAAGUUCGACUGAAGGAAGACCGAGGUAUGAAGGUCAGCGUGGUCAAGGCUGCUAGUCAACUCCUUGAUCGCCUCGCCCCCAAGAAGGUCAAGGGCAGUGUUGCCGGCGAGGGGGGUACCGAUAUGUCUGAUCUCUGGUGCAGCUUGGCGAGGUAUGAUGAUGAGUUCGUCGAUGUGCUUGAGAAGUGGGAGCGGUGGAGUCGCGAGGCUGGAGUCGGUGGAAUGGGGCGGAGGAGGAAAGGGGGCGAUGAGAUGCCAACUCUGAAGAGUGAUGAGGUUGAGGAGACGCCGGCAAAGUUGCAGGAGGGAAUCAAGGAUCUAUUCAAAGAUGAUAAAUGGGAUAAGAAGAAAAUGGUUCGUAGCUUCGCGAAGUUAGGACCUGUGGCUGCAUCGGAGACGAGAGACAACAAGAUUAUCACGCAGACACUUCGUGCUGGAAGCAGUGGCGUCGUGCUCGAUUCGAACAGAGAAGUCCGCUUCAAGCUGUACAUGGGCAAAGUCUUCAUGACAUGGCUUUGGAUCAUUCCUGCAUUCCUCCUCCCUCCUCUACCUACCGAUCCUUCCGCCCAGCCCGACCCCGUUACUCUCACCUUCGCAAAAUCCGACUGCGACUUUGCCAUAGGUCUCGGCUCAGACAUAAUUGACGUCCAGAUGACCUUCCAGCAGAUUAUGCCCGACGCGCCAUCCUCACCACCGCCUAGGCAAGAGAGUGGUGAGAGCGAUACAGUCGAGCUCAAGAGAGCCGGUGUUGUGGGUAAUGUUGUGGGAGCGAUCGAAAAGGGCGCUGGCGUCGAUGUUAGGGAAGGAAUUGAAAUCAACCAGGCGCAGGAGUGAUCAAGAUAUCACAGUCAUAGGACGGUUUGGACUCAUCUAGAAUAUAUCAAAGAUGCUGCUAUGUUAUAUUGAUUCUUGAACGAAAACAUCUCACAGAGUAU